AGCCGGUAUUUUAGUAGGAGGUUCACAGCCCAAGGCGUAUUUCGGUUAAUUCUCCAUCUCCGACCGAACAGCGUGGGCCUUGUUGCGCCUUUUCUCUCCUUCAACAUCGGCAGGGCAUGACUUUCAUUGAAGCGGGAAACCAGGUGGACGAGCGAUCGCCUUCGGAUGGGCGCGUUCAGCCAUGGCGAACGUGGUGGCCACCAGCAUCGCCAGAGGCAGAAGACCAGAGAAAGACCGGAGAUAUUUCCGUGGAAAAGCCCUGGCUGAGGUGGAAAUUUUCGGAGGGAAAACCAUUCGAGAAGCCGUGGCUAGAAUGGGCUUUACCCAAGCCCACCAACUACAAUGAGCUUGCGCAUUCCCCCCAAGUGAAGUACGAGCCAGACUUCAUCCGCGAGCAGCUGGCCCUCCUUCCCGCGGACGAACUCUCGCCCUUCAACCCCACCCGAACGAACACAUUCCUGCAAUUCUUCCAGCAGAACUCCGAAAGCGCCGCCGAGAAACCCUACGUAUGCAAGAUCCCUCCGUCCAUCGCGGGCCAAGCCCAGAUCAACUUCGGCGGAUGUUAUGCAAAGGCAAUGAUAACAGACGUACGCGGCCACGAAGAUCUGUUCUCCUUGGACACGCAUGGGUUCCAGUUCGCGGGGCACAAGCUGGGUAGCGACGUAGAGGCGUUGGAUGUCGAGGCUUACUGCGGCCAGAUGGCGGAUUGGCUACGAGAGUAUUUACAAGCUCAGGAAGUGUUCGUUUUUGAUCGCACACUGCGGAGCCAAGAGAAGGGGAAGGCGGGUGGUUUCGUAGAUAUUGCUAGACGUGUCCACUGUGACCAGUCCCCUCGCUCGGCCAUUGGUAGGAUCAAACUGCAUAUGGGAGAUCGCGCGCCGGAGCUUCUUCGCGGUCGCUGCAGGAUCAUCAAUGUAUGGCGACCGCUGGUACCGGUGGUGGAGAGCAACCCCUUAGCAAUGUGUCGAUUUGACUCAGUUUCGCUGGCGGACUUCGUUCCGACUGACGUUGUCUUCCCUCAUUACGCUGAAGAGUCCUUCGAGAUACGUCCUUCUUCCACGCAACGUUGGUAUUACCGGUCGAAUAACACCCAAGAUGAGUUGGUACUCCUAAAGAUCUACGACAACAAGAGAGGCGCCGCAUUCUGUGCUCCCCACUCCAGUUUCCGUGAUCCCCUCGGGAGAAAGAAUGCCGGUCCUAGGAGCAGUAUUGAGCUGAGGUGUUUGGUGUUCGGUGGGGAAGGCGUGGAAGCAGAUUCAUCUCCCAAAUUAUGAUCGAUUAUCCCAUGACUCAUGCCGAGUUAUGCGUACAGUCGUAUGCCAUCCUUGUACAUUCAGGCGCUAGAAAAGAGAUACCAGUUCCAGAUGACCG